GAUGAAUUCACAGAUUGCUCACUUCUUAGACAUGAGUUUCUAGAUGUGACUGACAAAUAGUCCCACUGACCAACAGGGAUUUUUCUCCCCCCAGAAUAUUGGCUGUCUCUGGAUUUAGUUAACCCUGGUAGAAAGCGAGCUGAUCUAUGGAGUCAAAAGUGGUAAAUAAGGAAGAUCAUCAAACAGUAAUUUCACCAAUAAUUCUGGAUUCUUCCCCUUUCAUGCUGAAGGCGCCAUGAGGGAAGAAAACCAGUCCUCUACCCUGAAUUUCAUUCUUCUGGGAAUUACCAGUCAGCAGAAGCAGGAAGAUGUCUUCCUCAUGUUCUUCCUGUUUAUUUACCCCAUCACACUGAUUGGAAACCUGCUCAUCAUCUUAGCCAUUCGCUCUGAUGUUUGCCUUCACAACCCCAUGUACUUUUUCCUUGCCAACCUCUCCUUUGUUGACAUCUUUUUCUCAUCUGUAACCAUCCCUAAGAUGCUGGCAAACCACCUUUUGGGCAGUAAAGCCAUCACCUUUAGAGGAUGCAUAACACAAAUGUAUUUCAUGAUUGCUUUGGGUAACACAGAUAGCUAUAUCUUGGCUGCAAUGGCUUAUGAUCGUGCUGUGGCCAUCAGCCGACCUCUCCAUUACACAACAAUUAUCAGCCCAAAGUUUUGCAUCCUGCUUGUUGUUGGGUCUUGGGUAAUUGCAAAUGCCAACACCCUCCCCCACAUUCUGCUCACAGCUAGUCUGUCCUUCUGUGGCAACCAGGAAGUGGCCAACUUCUACUGUGACAUUUCCUCUUUGCUCAAGUUGUCCUGUUCUGAUAUCCACUUAAAUGUGAAAAUGAUGUACCUAGGGGUUGGUAUUUUCUGUGUACCAUUAAUAUGUAUCAUUAUCUCUUAUAUUUGGGUCUUUUCCACUGUUCUGCGGGUUCCAUCCACCAAGGGUGUGCUCAAAGCCUUUUCUACCUGUGGCUCCCACCUCACAGUUGUUUCUUUGUAUUAUGGGACAGUGAUGGGUAUGUAUUUCCGUCCUCUGACCAGUCACAGCCUAAAGGACGCAGUGAUAACUGUGAUGUACAUAGCAGUCACCCCAAUGUUAAAUCCUUUCAUCUAUAGUCUGAGAAACCGAGACAUGAAGACUGCCUUGGGGAAACUCUUCAGCAAGAGAAUUUCCUCAUAA